UGGGCACUCUAUUUGCCCAUCGCAGGUUUCACAUUCUAUCCACAUCUUUCACGAUAACAUGGUACAACCCACCCCUCUCGGCUCUCCCCUUCAAAAAUUUGCAUUAAGGAAACAGGAAACAAGGAAAAGAAACCACCAUUUUUUGUAACCAAAGAGCUACAAUGGCUCAAACGAUGCUGCUCAUGCCCAGUGUUUCUUCUACAUGCCAAAGAAGAGAACCUCUGCUUCAAAGACUAAAGCCCAAGUCAUUCUCUCAUCAACUCUUACCCCCCUCACUCCCUCCCACUAACACCUCUUCUUCUUCUUCUUCCUUUACAACUGUUGCUCUCUUCAAAUCAAAAACUAAAGCCGCACCUGCCAAGAAGGCUCCACCGCCAAAGCCGAAGGUUGAAGAUGGUAUAUUUGGGACCUCAGGGGGCAUUGGUUUCACAAAGCAAAAUGAACUCUUUGUUGGUCGCGUCGCCAUGAUCGGCUUUGCUGCGUCGUUGUUGGGGGAGGCAAUUACGGGAAAGGGAAUUCUGGCGCAGUUGAAUCUGGAAACCGGAAUUCCAAUAUACGAAGCAGAGCCUCUAUUGCUCUUCUUCAUUUUGUUUACGCUGUUGGGAGCCAUUGGGGCGUUGGGUGAUCGAGGCCGCUUUGUUGACGAUCCUCCCAGUGGACUCGGAAAGGCAGUCAUCCCUCCCGGGAAGGGCGUAAGAUCUGCAUUGGGUCUCAGUGAAGGAGGUCGUCUGUUCGGGUUUACAAAGUCGAAUGAACUGUUUGUGGGAAGAUUGGCUCAGUUGGGCAUAGCAUUCUCCAUCAUUGGAGAAAUAGUGACGGGGAAAGGAGCUCUGGCGCAGCUGAACAUAGAGACGGGUGUUCCAAUUAGUGAUAUUGAACCACUGGUGCUCUUCAACGUUCUCUUUUUCUUCAUUGCAGCCUUGAAUCCUGGGACUGGUAAAUUUGUGACAGACGAGGAGGAAGAUUAGAUGCCUAGCUACCUCAUUGUUUGUGCUUUAUACUCGUGAAGACUUUUCAUUUGUAUUCCUGUAAGAAUUGGCUAGCGUUUUUUGUUCCCAAA